AUUCUCCGUCCCCUUGUUGGCUGCACUUUCAAAUUGAGCGGGGGUCUUCCAUUCUUCCAGGAUUCGACCUCAGAGUCUCUCUUCACUUCUAGUCGAACGAGUUGUUUGCAAUUCUCAAUUCUCAUCAUCACGAACCUUCCUCAGAGGAUCAAUCCUAAAUAUGAUAUGAUGAUCAAUCAAAUUGAAGCCUUCGAACCCUAGCGCCGAGAGAUGGGCAGUAACGAGUUUCGAUUCUUCUUGUCCUGCGACAUCAACCUUCCGGUGACCUUCCGGGUCGAGAGGCUCGAAGGAAACUUGCCAACAGCAAAGCCCCCAAAUUCAGCUGAAGUUGAUUUUACCGGAGAGGAGAGGCGGCCAGAGCUCUUCGUUGAGUCUGCAUUGUACAUUGAUGGCGCCCAGUUUGGGCUUCCCACUAGAACGAGGAUAGAAUCAACAUCCCCAACAUACUACUGGAAUGAACUAAUUACUUUGAGUACAAAAUAUCGAGAUCUGACUGCCAACUCACAGCUUGCGUUAACAGUUUGGGAUGUUUCCUGUGGAAAAAGUGAUGGUUUGAUUGGCGGGGCUACCAUUAGUCUCUUUAAUGCCAAAAAACAACUCAAAACUGGGAGGCAUAAGCUUAGGCUUUGUCCCAGAAAGGAGGCUGAUGGAUCUAUUCAUACAAUUACUCCUGGGAAGGUUCCCAAGGGGGAACGAGGGGAGUUGGAGCGUUUGGAAAAGCUUGUAAAUAAGUAUGAAAGGGGACAGAUUCAACGAAUUGAUUGGCUGGACCGCCUUGCAUUUAAAGCCAUGGAGAAAAUCAAGGAACAUGAAAGUGGUAGAAAUGGAAAUUCUUUAUACCUUGUGGUUGAGUUCUGCAGUUUUGAGCAUCGUGUUGUUUUUCAGGAGUCAGGGGCAAAUUUCCUAAUACCAUCCCCUAUAACUACGAGCAAUGAACUGGUUACUGUUUGGGACCCAGAAGUGGGCAAAGUAAAUCCUUCUGAGCACAAGCAACUCAAGCUUGCCAGAAGUUUAACCCGUGGCAUCAUUGACAGGGAUCUGAAACCAAGCUCCAGCGAAAGAAAGUCAAUUCAGAGAAUAUUAAAAUACCCUCCAACAAGGCUUUUAAGUGGUGAUGAAAGGCAGCUUUUGUGGAAAUUUCGUUUUUCAUUGAUGUCUGAGAAGAGGGCUCUGACAAAGUGUCUCCGAUGUGUUGAAUGGAGUGAUGUCCAGGAAGCUAAGCAGGCCAUAGAAUUGAUGGGGAGGUGGGAAAUAAUUGAUGUUUGUGAUGCACUGGAACUUCUAUCCCCUGUUUUUGAAAGCGAAGAGGUUCGGGCCUAUGCUGUCAGUGUUCUGGAAAGAGCUGAUGAUGAAGAGCUUCAGUGUUACCUACUUCAACUAGUUCAAGCUCUUCGAUUUGAGCGCUUUGAUAAAUCUCGCCUAUCUCAUUUCCUUGUGCAACGCUCACUACGUAACAUUGAAUUGGCUAGCUUUCUCCGAUGGUAUGUUGCGGUUGAACUUCAUGAUCCUGCUUAUGCGAAACGCUUUUAUUGUACCUAUGAGAUUUUGGAGGAAAAUAUGUUGAAGUUGCGACCUGGUGUCAAUGGAGAUGAUGGCUUUAAGCUGUGGCAGAGUUUGGUGCGCCAGACAGAACUGACUGCUCAGUUGUGUUCUAUAAUGAGAGAUGUAAGAAAUGUACGAGGUGGAACGCAGAAGAAGAUUGAAAAGCUUAGGCAGCUUCUUUCUGGUCUUCUUAGUGAAUUGACUUAUUUUGAAGAGCCAAUAAGAUCACCUUUGGCACCAAGUGUCCUUAUCACAGGGAUUGUUCCAUCAGAAUCAUCAAUUUUUAAAAGUGCAUUGCAUCCAUUGCGGCUGACAUUUCGGACAGAUUCUGGUGGAAGUUGCAAAGUCAUAUUUAAGAAAGGAGAUGAUCUUCGGCAAGACCAGUUGGUUAUUCAGAUGGUGACACUCAUGGAUCGCUUGCUUAAACUAGAGAAUCUCGAUCUACACUUAACCCCUUAUAGAGUUCUAGCAACUGGUCAUGAUGAAGGGAUGUUGGAAUUUGUACCAUCUAGUUCUUUGGCGCAGAUUCUCUCGGAGCACCGGAGUAUUAUAAGCUAUCUGCAGAAGUUUCAUCCUGAUGAGGAUGGACCAUUUGGUAUUACUGCUACCUGUCUAGAGACUUUUAUAAAAAGUUGUGCUGGCUACUCGGUUAUCACAUACAUAUUGGGCAUUGGAGACAGGCAUCUUGAUAAUCUUCUUCUUAGAGAUGAUGGACGGCUUUUUCAUGUUGAUUUUGGUUUUAUUCUGGGCCGUGAUCCAAAGCCAUUUCCACCACCAAUGAAGCUUUGUAAAGAAAUGGUUGAGGCUAUGGGCGGAGCAGAAAGCCAAUACUAUACUAGGUUCAAGUCAUACUGUUGCGAGGCAUACAAUAUCUUGAGAAAAUCCAGUAACUUGAUAUUAAAUCUGUUCCAUCUGAUGGCGGGUUCCAAUAUCCCUGACAUAGCUUCCGAUCCUGAAAAAGGCAUUCUCAAGCUUCAAGAGAAGUUCCGGUUGGAUUUGGACGACGAGGAGUGCAUACAUUUUUUCCAGGAUCUCAUCAAUGAAAGUGUUAGUGCUUUGUUCCCCCAAAUGGUUGAGACCAUUCAUCGAUGGGCCCAGUAUUGGCGCUGAUCCACAGCGGAAGAAGGCUGUUCAUAUCUCGAUGAGAUGACACUGUCAAGGGAGAGAUUUGGAGGAACGAAAGAAACCUAUGUGUACAUACAUACAUACAUACAUACAUACGUACAUACAUAAAGUAAUAAUACCUUUCUUUUAGCAUCGUAUACUUUCCACCUGGAUUUUAAUAGUUAAAAUCUAUUUCUGUCGUUUUCUUUUAUAAAUGUGUGGAGUGAAAUUGCUUGCUGGAUUUUGUGGAAGGGAAGAUGAAGCUGCUGUUAUUUGGAUGGAUAAAUCCCAGUUUUGUGCGGAAAGAAACAUGUAAUUUAAGUGUAAGUACAUGUAGUACAUAGUACAAGCAGUUUUCUAUUCA